CAUAAAUAAACCCAACAAUAUAUAACAGGACCCACAGAAACAGCACAAAGUUUCAGAUGAUCUCAACCGUUGAUUAAACAGAGAUCCAUACACAACAAUAUCUAGUUGCAGAGAAUCAUAAUUCUCUUAACAAUAUAAUUUUUUUUGUAAAAAUGGUAAAAAGAAGAAUGGAAAAAAAGAAAAAAAGGAUUUUCAAAACAUUUGAAAAGAAAGCGGGCUAUUUUAGCAUUUGCAGGUGGGUUUAUACCGUUUGGAAAUGGGUUUGUUAUUCAAAAUUUGAAAACCCUCUCUUCAUUGUACAUAGCGCGCUCUCUCUCUCGCUCACUAUCUCCAUUUCUAUAUAACCUUUAGUAAGUCGCCACUGUCACUUCUGUUCGCAGAAGACCCUCAAAAAAGAAAAAAAAGAAAAAAAAAAGGAAACAGACUAAACCCUUGAAUUGAAUAGUAUCCCAUAAAGCUCAUCAGAUCUACUCUUUUCUUGAAAUCUCAGAUUCAAAAUUUCAAUUUAAUGGAAUCUCUUCCUGAUGCAAUUGUUCAAUACAUACUGUCACAUAUGAAGAAUGCAAAGGAUGUUGCUGUUUGUAACUGUGUAUCCAAGCGAUGGAAAGAUUCGUUGCCUUAUAUCAAAAGCCUUUACUUUCCUCGGAACUCUUUCGACAAUCACACAGGCAUUGAUCACCCUGAUAGCAUUGUGUGGAAGAUGAUAGCUUCCAUUGUCCGAUUAGAAGAGCUUGUUGUAUACAGCCCAUUCUCAAGCACAGGUCUUGCCUCAUGGCUAUUGCUUGCAGGUUCGUCGCUCAGACAUCUUGAACUUAGAAUGGACAAUCUUGCCGAAUACCAAACGUGUAUUGAAAGCCCCUCAAAAUUGGAAUGCAUUAGUGCUGCAAAGAAUUUGGAAUCCUUGAAGCUUUGGGGUGUCUUAAUGAUAAACUCACCCAAGUGGGAUAACUUCUCAAAGCUUCAAAACCUUGAAGUUGUUGGUGCUAGAUUGGAAGAUCCUGCAUUAUGUGCUGCCCUGCAGGCAUGCCCUAACUUAAAAAAUUUGCUGUUGCUUGGUUGUGAAGGUGUUAGAUCUAUUUCAAUUGAGCUUCUACAUUUGGAGCAAUGUAAACUGGAUUUUUAUGGCUUGGGUAAUUGCUCACUUACCCUUACUUGCCCAAAAAUGGAAUGCCUUGAAGUACAAGGUUGUAGUUGGAUUAGGGUCCGUGAGACUAACUGCUUGAGGAAACUUUCAAUUUCUAAUAAUGCUGGAAGAGUCUACAUGGUGGACUUUGGAAGGCUUGCUGCUUUAGAGUUUUUGUCUAUCAGAGGAGUCCAGUGGUGUUGGGAUGCAAUAAGCAAAAUGCUUCAGUGGGCCAGUGAGGUGAAGCAGCUAUACAUGAAGGUGGAAUUUACAGGAGACUUUGAUGCCCUUUUGCCCUUUCCAGAGGUUGACUUUGUUGAAUUUUUUAAUAGCCAUCAAAAGCUGCAAAAGUUUGAUGUUCAUGGAGCCAUGUUUGCAGCUCUCUGCCAGAAGAACAGCCUGAAAAAUGUUGAAUCAGGCUUUGUAAUUCCUUGUUUGGAGGAGGUAGUGAUCACAGUCAGAUCGCCAUUAAAUGCUGAACAGAAAAUGAGCACCCUUGAGUCUCUGUUGAAAUCUGGGAAAAAUAUAACGUCGAUGGUAAUAAGGAUUCUUCAAAUGAAGAGCAACCAUAGCAGCGCAGAUGAUUUUUUCGAUGAUAUUUGCAGGUUUCAGCGCAUGAACCGCAAGAUUGUUCGAAUAGAAUAAAGCUUACAUGGUAACUGGAGAAGUCGCACCCUCAUUUAUGUAGUGUCAACGCACAUCAUUCAUUAAUGUUCACUGAUCAACAGUUUUGACCACUGAUUUGAUUCAAACCUCGGUCAUUCUUUAAUGAUUGAACUGAUAACCAUGCUUUUGAGAUUUUAAUUAACCUGCAGAUUCAAGGUA